AUGGCAAACAAUUCCGCGCGUGAAUGGGCUGUUGACAAUGCUUACUUCGACUCGACGCCCGACUAUUGGUUGAACUCUAACCGCGAGACUCGAGACCAACAUAUAGUUCGCAACAAACAAAUCGAAAACACAGUAUCGGCUCAUUUGACACAAGUGUUGUCGUGUCGGCUGAGGGAGGGAUACACCAUAAAGAGUGUGAACUAUACUCCCAAUGACAACCAAAUAGAAGUGCGUCUUCUGCUGCCGUAUAGGCAUAACGUCAACAUUGAGUACAAUCUCACCUCAACUUUGCCCUCAAAGUCUCCGCCCGCUGACGGCGAAGAAAGUGCACCUGAAUGUCAGUAUGAGGUGAUAGUUGAGGGCAAUUAUAAUUUCAUACAUGACGUGACCUGUGCCAUUAAAAAGCCCAUUAAAAGUGCUUACCGUUCGGCAACAAUCAAUCAAUUCUGGACUACUAUUAAAAGUUUAACGGAAUCAGACAAACAUGAAAUCCAUUUGCAUAACUUUACGCGUAACGCGUGGAGUCGGAACAUUCCCGAGAGCAUCAAGAAUGGAGUUCCCCUUUUCUUUAUGCCUCCCAACUCGUCCGAUGCGGUGAUUUCAUCGAAAAACAUAGUCCACUCACAGUUCGCUCAGUACUGGAAAUGGAUGCUCGGUGUGAAU